UCCAAUGGAAGAAGUGACUGGAAGGGGUCACAAGGGAGUAUCUGGGGUGCUGACAAUAUUUCAUUUCUUGAUUUGGAUGCUUGUUACACGAAGGUGCUCGCUUAGGAAAGUAAAUAAGAUAAAGCUUUCCAGAUUAGAAAGAAGUAAAAGGAUCUCCAAUCACAGAUGAUGUGACAUUUUAUGCAGAAAAUCAUAAGGAAUCCACUAAAAGCUAUUAAAUUUCAACAGAAAUUUACUCUCUUUUCCUCAUUAUUUACUCUGAGAAGACACUCUGGGGGAGGUAGGUUUUUAGCUAUAGCUCUAUAGGGUUGCUAAGAGUUGGAAUCGAGUCAACGACAGUGGGUUUGGUUUUGGUUUUGUUAUGUGGAAAAAGGAGGUUGCUUAGACCAAAGAGAAUAUAGUUACUUAGUAAAGAUCUGAGUGACUAAUGAAAUAACCAUAAGCAGUUAGAUCAACUCAGAAAAAUUACUCAAUACCUCUUUACUCAAAGAGAAGAUUAGCCAGAAAAUGGAAGGAAAUAGAGAUUCUAAGAAGAAUUAGGUUUCUUUCAUGGGUUAAAAGGGCAUGGGGCAGAUCUUCCUUCACAGCCUACACAUAAAAAACCGAAACAAAACAACAAAACCUUUCAGUUAGCAGCCGAGCACUUUAACAACUGUGCUAUGAGGGCCCCUUGGGGUACACUUAGUAGGGACUUUAUAAAUGAUGAUCAAAUGAAUGAAUGUCUCUUAUCCCUAGGGUGGACAAUUCCCUCCUGGAAUGGCUAUGUUCUUGUGCAACACCAGCACUUUUGCACACCCUACCUUCCUCCUCACUGGCUUUCCAGGCCUGGAGGCCUUUCACCAUUGGGUAUCUAUCCCCAUCAACUUGACCUGUGUGGUUUCCAUUCUGGGCAACAGUAUCAUCCUCUUCCUGAUCCACACAGACCCAGCCUUACACGAACCCAUGUACAUCUUCCUGUUCAUGUUGGCAGCAUCUGAUCUGGGUCUCUGUGCCUCUACCUUCCCCACCAUGGUGCGGCUCUUCUGGCUAGGUGCUCGUGAACUGCCCUUUGACUUCUGUGUAGCACAAAUGUUCUUCAUUCAUGUCUUCACCUAUGCGGAAUCUGGCGUGCUGCUCGCCAUGGCCUUCGAUCGCAUCAUUGCUAUCCGGAACCCUCUGCACUAUGCCACAAUCCUUACCCACUCAGCCAUGGUCAAAGUGGGGGCUGCCAUUCUAGUGAGGGCUGUUCUGCUCAACCUUCCAGGACCCAUCCUCCUGCGGCGUCUGCUCUUUCCCCAGAUCAGCAUACUCUCGCACUGCUACUGCCUGCACUGUGACCUUGUAGGGCUGGCCUGCUCAAACACCUGGGUCAACAGCCUGGUUGGCCUGGUCUCCAUCCUCCUCUCACUGGGCCUUGACUCCUCCCUUAUCAUGCUCUCAUAUGCACUGAUCCUACAGACAGUGCUGGGCAUUGCAUCACCUGGGGAACGGCUCAAGGCACUCAACACGUGUGUCUCACACCUCUGCAUUGUUCUCAUCUUUUAUCUGCCCAAACUGGGGCUGUCUGUAUUGCACCGAGUAGAGAAGCACAGCUAUCCUGCUCUAGCAGUGCUCAUGGCCAACCUGCACUUUGUGGUCCCGCCUUUCAUGAACGCCAUUGUCUACUGCAUCAAGUCUAAGCAGAUCCGCCAGGGCCUCUUAAAGCAUUUCCAACAGAAGAGAGUUGAUGUCUCUUAA